UGCGGCUCACAGCGGGACUGCCAGCCACAUCGGUGCGAACGGAACACGUUCUUCCACCGCCACUUCACUUUGUCUCACGCAGGACAGAGCAAAGAAAGGCGCUCGAAAAGGGCUGUUGUUGGAAGAACCGAAGUGCCAGAGCCACGCGCUUCUCAGCGUAUUACUGAGCGAACCGCCGUGUUGUAACCUGGACCGCGGUUACACAGUAAAUGCGACCAGAUGUUCGAGUGAAUGGAACUCCAGAUGCGGGAACGCGAUGGCAACUUCACUGGGAAAUGGAGGUGUCGCCUCACCCGCGUGUCACACGCCGCCGGGUUUAAGAGCGGACACGAGCUGCGCUCAGAACAGCGAGGGGGCAGCGCGCGGACCGGAGGGCAGUUUGUCGAAGCGCAGUGAAGCGGAGCUGAGCGCGGAGCCGAGCGCGGAGCCCGCGACUCGGGGCUGCGCGCGGCCACCUGCGGCGCGCUCCACGCCGCUCGCGCUCCCCGGGGUCAUGGACGCGGAGGGCAGAGUGGACGAGUCGAGGCUGCGCGCGUACAUCUUCAAAAACGGCGGCGUUUCACCAGCUGAACGUGGGCAAGUAUGGCGCUUCCUGUUCGGUGUGUUUCCCUGCAGCUCCACCGCCCUAGAGCGCCAUCUGCUACAUGAGCAGUUGGCUGUCCGAUAUCAGGUCAUGAAGAAGAAGUGGCAGCAGCUGCUUCCUUCUGCGGUCCACAUGCGGCUCAAUGGCACUGAUGCUGAGCUGGUAGCAGCCGUGAAGUACUUUGACCAACGGAAACAAAAAUCGUGCUUUGAACGCAAGGAGCAAAGCGAAGAGGUCAGGGAGACACUGUCCUUCCUGGAGCUGCAGGCGCAGGUACUUCUGGAACGUGUGUCUUUCGACUUGGAGGAGCUGCAGGAAGCUGUGCGCAUCAUUGACAAAGACGUCCCCCGGACCAACAGGGAGCUCGCCUACUACAUGGGUGAAGGUUCCAGCAACCUCCUGGUGCUACGAGACAUUCUCAUCACCUUUGCCGCUUUUCACCCAGAGGUCAGCUAUGCCCAAGGAAUGAAUGACCUCUGCAGCCGGUUCCUGGAGGUUCUGGACUCUGAGGUGGACACCUACUGGAGCUUCUCCUGCUACAUGGAAAAGUUCUAUCGGGACUUCUGUGCAGAUGGCUUGCAUAGGAAGAUUGAGCUUGAGGCAGAGCUCCUCAAGGAGCUGGAUCCCCCACUGUAUGUUCACCUGGUCACCGACAACAUGGACAGGCUCACCUUCUGCCACAGAUGGCUACUCCUUGGCUUUCAGCGAGAGUUUGAGCACAGUGAUGCGCUGCGGCUCUUCGAGAUCCUGAGCUGUGACCAUCUGGAGCUCAUCUCCCAACAGGUGGACCGGGCCCGCUACCAGGAAAGGUUGGCCAGCAAGCACAGCCUGGAGGAGAAGCCAGCAUCAGAACAGCUUGCCAUCAAUCGAGAGUUCACAUUUGAGCUGUUCAUCUGUGCCACAAUCUUGCUGGAGCACCGGGAAACGCUGCUGAAGUGUCGAAAUGAGGUGCAGCUCAUCCAGUUCACCAACAGUCUGCAGGGCAAACUGGAUUUGAAUAGCAUCUUGAAGAAGGCUGAGGAACACUUCUACAAUUAUUGUAAACGUUCUGCUUGGGACCCCUGGAAUGGACGCCAUCGUACUUCCAGAAGCAAAGAUGAUCACUUCAUCUACCAGCUCCGCAAUUUCUUCUCCUGAGGGCAAACCCACUAUAGGGCCGGGGAUAAACUCAUUCUGGUUUCACUAGCUCAACUCUGUCUUCUGUGAUGCUGAUCAAAGUUAUGAAAUUCAUAUCAGCAUAGCUCAUGUUUUUUUACAUUCAGCAUACACAGGAUAUGAUGUUAUAUUCUACACACUUUCUCUAUAUCAAGGGUUGUACACUAGGCCCAGCUCCACCAAUCUCACCACCUUGCACGUGAAGCUUUGGAGAAAUCCAACAGGAAAUGCCAUUCUAAAUCUCCACGACUCAGCAUGAAGCAUCUUAAUUUCCUCCCUAAACACCACAUCAGUUCAAUUCACACACACACACACACACACACACACACACACACACACACACA